AGUGUUGGAAGAAAAUUUCACCGAAGUCCCACACAGGGUGUUGUUAUCGGAGAAGCAAAUUGUCGAGGUAACCCGAAUUGUCCAAUUGCCAAUCCACUAAUUCUAUCGCACUCUGUCGCUCUCUCAAAGGAUGUGCAAGGACUGAACAAACUCAUGGCCCGGGUAUUUUCCGAAAACCUAGAAGGUCUUGUUCUCAAACCGAUGCAUAGCAAAUACGAACCGGGAAAACGGCACUGGUUAAAAAUCAAAAAGGACUAUCUGGCCGAAGGAGUGAUGGCCGAUUCUGUGGAUCUGAUCGUUCUCGGUGCGUACUACGGGACCGGAAGCAAAGCCGGAUUGAUGUCCGUAUUUCUGAUGGGCGCCUACGAUCCGGACUCGCAAAAAUUCGCCACCGUGACGAAAUGUGGGAACGGAUUCACCGAUGAAAUGCUAGGAAAACUCCAAAAAGAACUUAAAAUGAUUAAGAUUUCGAAAGAUGCUGUCCCAUCGUGGCUCAACGUUUCCAAGUCCCUCAUCCCCGAUUUUGUGGUGGAAGAUCCAAAGAAAUCCCCGGUAUGGGAGAUCAUCGGUGCCGAAUUCUCCCGUGCAAGCACUCACACAGCCGGUUUAACCAGUGGCCAGAAUCAGGGCAUUUCCAUUCGAUUUCCUCGAUUCACCAAGGCACGACCGGACAAAACGUGGAAACAGGCCACAAGUGUGCCCGAAUUGGAGGAUCUCGUGACUAAAUCCGGCCAGCGAUCAGACUGGCUGGACGUUUUGAAUGAUGCGGCGGGUAUAAGUACGGAGGAACCAGGGGAUGUGAAAAAUGAUAAACCGCUCAACUCCGGAAUCAAACGUCCGAGAUCACCCAGUGAGAAGUCUCCUAAAAUGAAACCCACAGCACCGAAGAAAUCACGUCAUUUAAAAUCCAUAUUCACGGGCACAAUUGUCGAACUGCAUCCGACCCUCAACAAGGAUGAUGCAGACCUGAAGUCUGGACUUCGCCAACUGAUUGCCGGCGGAGGAGAAUUGAGUGGUUACACGGAUCCAUCAUUCUCAGCAUUCGUCAGUUCAGCUCCGCCCACACACGUGUUAAUCCCGUCCGAUUUCAAAGAGAAUACACUUUUCGGUAUGCUUCAAAACAGAGGCCGAUCAAACCCCGAGCCAGCGGUUUCGAAUCUCUCGUGA